GUCACAACAUCCGGGUACUUUUUACACCGCCGCCAUUUUGUUUGGCAAAAUACCACUUACGCUUGACCUAUUUCGGGUGACAAAUAAUCUAUUUUUAGUCAAAUAUGGUUGUGUCUUGUUGGGUCAAAGGUUGCAGCAAUCGAGCAGACAAUUCAGUGAGGCGAGGUUUCUAUUCAUUUCCUGCUGUCAGAGAGAACGAAGGCGAGUUUACGAAGAAAUUAUGUGAAGAUCGACGCCGACAGUGGCUGGCAAAUGUAAACAGGAAGGAUACGCCGUCAAAAUACUCAAAAAUAUGCUCUGACCAUUUUGUACACGGCAAACCGUCAACUAUGUAUGACAGAUCGAAUCCUGAUUGGGCUCCAACACUUCUUCUUGGAGAAAAUCUCUCACCAAGAAAAUCCAUGAAGAAAGAAAAAAAGAUAGAAACAGAUAAGAAAAGGUUUGACAGAGCUCAGGAGAGACAGAAAAUAAGAGAGAAACACCAUGCUGCCAGAGCACUGCUGGAUCUGUAUGAGGAAGUUCCGGUACCCGAGUUCACCGCAACACCACUUGUUGAGAAUACAAAAACCUGUUCUUUUGUGUACAGUGGACAAACAGAAAAACUUGAACAAAGACCAGUUCCUAUAAAUCCAGUAACAAAAAGUCAGGUGGAUAGUGAUAUUCAGCGACUCUUAACAGAAAAUAUGUUGCUGAAGUCUCAGAUUAGUGGUUUAAUGUUAAACCAGGAUUCGUUCAAGGGAAAUGACGAUAAAGUCAAAUACUACACAGGACUGCCAGACUAUUUGACAUUGUUGACUAUUUUCAAUUUUGUAAGAGAAUUCCUUCCUAAACAGAGACUGUCAGAUCUUGGUGCUUUUGAACGCGUUGUGAUGACUUUAAUGAGACUUAAGUUAAACUUGUCUGUGCAAGAUCUAGCCUAUAGGUAUCAGACAUCAACUUCCACAGUUUCAAGGAUUUUCAUUACUGUUGUUCAUGUGAUGUAUGUUAGACUUAAACAUUUGAUUUACUGGCCACAGCGCGAUGAGUUGCGACGGACUAUGCCGUUAGAAUUCAGACAGCAGUUCGCGCAGAAGACUGCAGUGGUUAUAGAUUGUUUCGAAGUUUUUAUUCAGAGACCCAAGAACCUUCUUGCCCGAGCACAAACAUGGUCUUCAUAUAAGCACCAUAACACUGUUAAAUUUUUAAUAGGCAUUACUCCACAAGGUUCAAUUUCAUUUCUGUCCCGGGCUUGGGGUGGUAGAGUAAGUGAUAAGUAUAUAACAGAGCAUUGUGGGAUACUGGAAAAGCUCCUUCCUGGCGAUCUGGUUCUAGCCGACCGUGGAUUCGACAUUGCGGAUAGCGUAGGGAUGUAUUGUGCACAAGUAAAUAUUCCGAGUUUCACUAAAGGACGUUCACAACUUUCACCAACAGAUAUCGAAACGACACGCAAAAUUGCUCAUGUUAGAAUACAGGUGGAACGCGUGAUAGGUUUAGUGCGAAAUAAAUACACCAUUCUUCAAGACAAACUUCCAAUAGACUUCUUGAAGAGUGAGACUGGUGAACUUCCAGUCAUUGACAAAAUUGCAUCUGUCUGUUGUGCUCUUGCAAAUUUUAAUGAAUCUGUAGUAGGAUUUAACUGAUGAAUUUUAGAUAAAGGAAAUCGGAUAAUUAAUUUGGAGUCAUUUUAUUAUAAAGGCAAUGCAUAUUCACUGUGCAUGUGUAAAUUAAACAUUAAAAAAGCUUGCCUGUAAAUGAACAUCAGAAUUGUUGUUGAAGUCUAUAUUAUUUUAUUAAUUAUACAUUAAAGCAUUAAAGAAGCUUGCCCGCAGAUGAAAAUAAAAAUUGUUUUCGAGUCCAUAACAAUCUUUUAUUGCUUAUAUAUUAAAGAAGCUUGCCCGCAGAUGAACAUCAAAUUGUCAAGUCCAUGACAUGUUUUAAUUGAUUAUAUAUUAAAGAAGCUUGCCGGCAGAUGAACAUAAAAAUUGUUGUAAAGUCCAAAACAUAUUAGGUUUUGAUUAUAUAUUAAAGAACCUUGCCUGCAGAUGAACAUCAAAUUUGUUGUUGGAGUCUGGUAUAAUUUUUUUUUUACUUUAUACUAAAAACACGUGCCAGCAGAUGUACAUCAUAGUUGUUGUUAAGUCCAUUUGAAUAUUUUCUAACGAUUAUAUAUUAAAGGAGCUUGCCCGCAGAUAAACAUCAUUGUGAAGUCCAUAAAAAAAUUUCUUUAUUGGUUUAUCAUUAAAGGAGCUUACCUGUAGAUGAACAUAGUAGUUGAAUGAUUUUGUUGAUGAAACAUUAAUUAAAGAAGCUUGGCUGCAGAUUAACAUCAUAGUUGAUAAAUUUGGAUAAGAGUGUUUUUAAUUGGAUAUUACAUAUAUACAUGUAUAUAGUUACCACAUGCUAUGUGUAUGCUUUCAAUUGUUAUUAAACUGA